AUGGCGCAAGUUUCCUGAUGUUUUCUUGGGCAGUCAAGCUGACUGGAGUGGACGCAGUCUUUUUUAUUUGUUCUGCAGACUGAAAAGAAUGAAUUUGGUAAACCCAGCCUGCAACGAAGAACAUGAUGCUGGCAUAGAUAAAGCACAACAUCAGUACCACGAGGCCCCUGAUUAACGGCAUCAUAUUGUUGAUAGUACCUUUGUUCCAGAAGAUGCUGAUCCUGAGCAAUGUGUUCAUCUAAAGAAAUGCCAACAUUGCAGAUAAGAAAAAAGAGUUCUCAGUGCAAGUUGCUGUAAUUCAGGGAUGUGUUCUCACAUAAAGAGAUGAAAUGAAUGAAAAUAACAGAUCAGAGGUGUUGAAGUUAGAUAACAGCACUAAGAGACAAUAAAGAACAAUCCAUGAUGGAUGGGACAGCAUUUUUUCUGCAUGUCAAAUGGACACAUCUUAUUUGGAAUAAUCAAUGGUCUCGCUGAUGUACAUACAGUCAGACAGUUGGGUUACUGAAACCAUGUAUCAUUUAGUCACUGGGGAAUAUAUAAAUCACUCAGGAAAUGAAUACAUGUGAAAAUUUCUAUAUUGGAUAAUUAUACACCUAAAUCCUAGAAUGCAAAUGAAAUAUUCAUAUAGGCUGGACAUGUAGCUGGUUGCAAAGGAUUAUAUCAAGGAAAUGGUGCCAAUUGAAGGAGGAAAAUCAAAUAUAUUGUUGAGAUAUGAACAUGUACACAAAUAUAACGUUACCAGUUGAAAAUGUUUCCGUAGUAUCUGGACCACCUGAUGUGUAUCUUCCACAUGCUGAACCUACGCUGGAUUGGCCGCAAGCCUUCCAAAUAUGGCAUUGGGCAUGGCCGUUACAUAUGUACCUGCUGGGGUCAUGGUUCUCUGGCUUAGUAAUAUACACUUGCGUAUCACUUCUGAACCUUCGUAAGAAAAUUCGCAGCAAUAGAUAUCUCAUUCUCAUCGAUAUAUUCGUCCUAAUGGCUGCUUUACUGCGCUGUUUGUAUUUAUUUCUCGACCCAUAUGAGUCGACUCAGAGUGUGCCAACCGUGGUAUCCAAGCUUGCGUAUGCUUUAGUGUUCCCUUGUCUAACAGGGGCAUUCAGUUAUAUCCAUAUUAUGUUCCUGAAGAUCACCAAGAUGCAUUUCCAAUCAAACAGGUUACAGACUGAACAUUGUCUCCUUUGUUUCAUCAUUGGACACUUCAGCAUUGUUGUGGUUAUCUACACAAUAGUGUCCUUUGCCCCACAGCUUAAGCUUCUUAUCCUUAUCGCUCAGACUGUGUUCAUAUUCUGGGGCUUGUUUCUAUGUGCCAACUUCAUCUACAGUGGAUUCAGAACAUCACAAUACGCCACAGAAACCCAGCGGGCACUCAGAGAGUUGACACAAUACAGCAAGGAAAGAAAAUUAUCAAAAGAUAGCUCCUCGAAUAUGAAAGUCCUUCGAUUGACCAAACCCAAACUUGUGAUAGAUGAAAGUCAUUAUGAUUUCAUGACGGACACCUCAAGUGAAUCAAAUACAGUGUCUUAUUUCAAUGAGUCUGCCAUAGACAGACCAGGAGGGGGCAGAGUUCAGCAAAGUGGUACAGUGGAGAGUACAUUUACAAUCCCUUCACCAGCUCAGGAGAAUAUACUUGGUGUUGAGGUUGACACACGUCAUGAUCUCACUUUUGAUAGCAGGACUUGCAACUCUAGUGAAACUGACUCUGGGGCUAUCGCUCCGCAGCCUAUUUCCAACUCAACUAAACUAACACGUAAGGCAUCUAAUCCCACAACUCGCUCCCUCCGUAGAUCUAGUUGCUCUGAUGCCAUCAGGUUGGUGCGACUGUUCCAUCAACGUGGUUAUGAGAAGUCCAACUGCUCAAGCACUAGUAGUGUGUUCACCAUAGAUGAUAAUGCCAACUCCCAUGGAUUUAAGGCUGCAAAUGGCCAUAUAAAUAGCCUUAAAGCAGAGACUGACACAAUUGGGGAGGAGAGAGGUUAUAUGGCUGAUACUGACUCACCAAUAAGAAGACCCAAACGAUAUAAACAUAAGGGUAAACAUAAAAUAGAUCACCAGGAAGUGCAAACAAUCGGUGACAGUCCUGAACAUCGUCUGUACCAACUGAAAAUGGGUAGUGAGACAAUAAUGAGUUUGUACAGGAUACGCCAGGGUCGGGUGUUACACAGAGUUCUGAAGGUGGCUUACUUUACGGCACUCUGUGGCUUUCUGUGCUGUGUUCUACAGAUCUAUGCAAUGUUUGGGGAGUAUGGUGUCUUGUCUACUGUUGUCAGUCCCGAGCCGUGGCCUUGGUACGUCUUCCAGUCAUGUGCUAGGGUGGCAGAGCUUGGGAUGCUCUCAACUAUGGCAUAUAUCACCUUUACCACUGGCAAAUACAAGCGGAAGAGAAGAGGCAGGAAACGCAAUAUACAUUCAGAAGACAGAUAAACUUUUGCCAAGUUAUGGGCACUUAUUUCAAUGUUAAAUGUUGAGUCCUUUUUGGUCUAUUUUGAGACAAUUAAGGGGUUGACUCAAUAUCUUAUGAGUAAAAAUGUUUCGAUGUGAUUUAUUGAAAAACUAAUUGAACCCUGACUUACACUGGGAUGUGAACAUUUUGGCAAAGAUGAAGCAACUACAUACCAAUCUGAUUCAAGGUCAUUUGAAUCGACCUUUAUUGUAAUUCUUCAUGUGGAGAGUAUAUCACUGUGUAAUUUCUUAACUUAACUUAAUAAGGAUCGCCAAUCGUGAAAAAUGUAAUAGAUUUGAACUCUAAAUUACUGGUGGACUGUAUGAUUGACCUUAAUAUCACCUUCCUGGAUCGUAUGAUUAACCUUAAUAUCAUCUUUGUUCACUCGGCUCCCUUUGGUCGGAGAUGCCUUAUAAUAGUGUGUCUUAUUGCCAAUAGUACUUUCAAAUUCUUCACCCAUGAGAUUCUAUUUGCCGACCUUAUAGUACUACUGUAAUACGAUCCAAAGAAGUAAAUGAUGUCUAAUGAACUAUAGUCUUGUAAUUACAAUGUAUGGGUGACUUGAAGUAAAGGGAAUGAGCAACAGUGAUGUCCUGUUGCAUGAACCAUACAAUACUGGCAAUUAAGGGGAUCAAAUUACCCGUAACUAACUUUGAAUCUUUAAAGAGGAUUCGUUUCCAAAUGAUCUCAGUUUGUAAUAUGAUGAGGCAGACAUAAUGAAUAAAUUGGACAAUGCAAAAGAAACUGUAAAUUGAUACAUUUUGUUCUGUCGUACUGUUUUUUGAUUUAGUAUGAUGACAAAAACAUGUAGCUUUUAUAUGAUGUUUAUCCACAUUUCACAUGAAACCAAGAGACAAUUAAGGGAGAAAUUUUGACAAUUUAAAAAACUG